CUUUGUUUAAUCUUGUGGGGCACCCAAAGCACUACUACCCCUCAUUGCCUCUCUGAUUGCUGCUUUUGGUGGAAAAAAAGACGGCUAUAUAGCACCAUUUCUCUCCUUUCAUCGCAACGAUUUCAAAAGCCACUCGAGAAAUGGCAGGGAAGAACACUACGUUGAUCUUGAAAGUUGAUCUGGAAUGUGGCCAGUGCAACAAGAAGAUAAGGAGGAUUCUGGGCAAGCUUCAAGAUGAAGUGAACAUCACGGUGAUCUCCUUCGAUGAGAAGAGUGGGACGGUGGUGGUCUCCGGCGUGUUCGACGCCGAGAGGGUCUCCAGGAAGCUCAAGUGCCGGGCCGGGAGAGUGAUCAAGAACAUCGAGGAGAAGAAGGAAGAGAAGAAAGUGGAGAAGAAAGAGGAGAAGAAGGAAGAGAAGAAAGUGGAGAAGAAAGAGGAGAAGAAAGAGGAGAAAAAAGAAGAGAAGAAAGAAGAAAAAAAAAAGGAAGAGAAGAAAGAAGAAAAGAAAGAGGAGAAAAAAGAAGAGAAGAAAGAGGAGAAGAAGGAAGAAAAGAAAGAGGAGAAGAAAGAAGAGAAGAAAGAGGAGAAGAAGAAGGAAGAGCCGGUGGUGAUAUCGCCGCCGUACCUGGUCUUCUGGCCGCCGGGGCCAGUCUGCUGCCACCAGCCGUACCUGGAGAACUACCAUGGCUGGUGCAGGUGCUGCUCCUGCGGCAGGGUGACGGAGGAGAAGCCUCCGGCCGUGUCCUACCCGCAGGCGCCGGCGCCCUACUACUACCCUGUGCCUUACAACACAUACCAAUUCUACUGUGAAGAGGACCCUUCAACCUCCUCCUGCUCUCUCAUGUAAUGUAAUCGUCAACAACACCAUAUCACCAACCAAUAUUUAUGAUUAUUUUCCCCUAGUUUUUUUUUGUAUUUUUUAACUCAAACUCUAUAUUAUGUUUGUAAAAUAAUUAUGGAGCAUGUGAUCGACAAGUCAUGUUAUGAUCUAAUUAAAUUGGAGGGUGGUCGAUAUCUUUCAGCA